AUCACUCAGCAGUGUUGAAGCUACAAAUUUUAAUGGAGAUGGUGAAAUGGACACUCCUAUGAGGGAUAUAAAAUAAUGUGGAAGAUGGUGGUGUGAGAAAAAGCAAUAUAGUGAAAAAGAUGAAUCGGUACAUAACACUAAAUCAACUUGGGGAUGGAACUUAUGGCACUGUUGUCCUCGCACAGCGUAAGGACACCGGCGAGAAGGUGGCCAUUAAGAGAAUGAAGCGAAAAUACUAUUCGUGGGAGGAAGCGAUGAAUUUGCGAGAGGUCAAGUCGCUCAAGAAGCUAUCGCAUGCAAAUGUGGUAAAAUUGAAGGAGGUCAUCCGCGAGAAUGACAUCCUGUACUUUGUCUUUGAGUACAUGAAGGAGAAUCUGUAUCAGCUGAUAAAGGAUCGUGAGACGCACUUUCCCGAAUCCACCAUUCGUAAUAUGCUCUACCAGGUGCUAAAUGGGCUGGCCUUUAUGCACCGCCAUGGCUUCUUCCAUCGAGAUCUCAAACCUGAGAAUCUCCUCUGUUCAGGACCGGAGUUGGUGAAGAUAGCUGACUUUGGUCUAGCACGUGAAAUCCGUUCACGUCCACCAUUCACUGAUUACGUGUCUACACGAUGGUACAGAGCACCUGAAGUCCUCCUGCACUCAACCAAGUAUGGGUCAGCCAUUGAUCUCUGGGCUGUUGGAUGCAUCAUGGCUGAACUGUACACAUUCCGCCCACUCUUUCCCGGUACCAGCGAAGUAGAUCAACUAUUUAAGAUUUGUUCCGUUUUGGGAACUCCAGAGAAGGAUGACUGGCCAGAGGGUCAUCGAUUAGCCGCUGCAAUUCACUUUCAAUUCCCAGCAUGUUCAAAAAUUCCCCUUGAAUCCAUUGUUAGUCGUGCCACAGAUCCAGCACGCCAUGUGCUGGAGGAUUUCCUCAGAUGGGACGCCGAGAAGCGUCCCACGGCUCAGCAAACGCUCAAGUAUCCGUACUUUGAGAUGGCCAAGCCGAGACCACAGAGCCCGGUGCUGUCCAACUAUCGCACUGUGCCAUCUUCAAAUGUCUCCCAGGGGGAUCACUCGCUGGAGAAUUGCAUGAAUGUCACACAAUUGCUCGUACCGAAGGUUCAUUCCAAUAACAAUCCCGACGUGCAGCAGGAGAUGAAUAACCAAGCACGGAUGUAUUAUGUGGGUGAGCCGAAGAAGGUGGUGAAAGUAGCACCGAAUGUGAGUGCAGCCAAUACGGGUUCCACGGUACAGCUGAAGAAUAGUGCGAAUCUCAAUGGGUUUGGCCCGGUGGUUGGUCAAAAUGGUGAAAUUAAUCUUCUUGGCAAUUACAAUCAGCGGAAGAAUCUGCAGUAUGCAAAUGGGAAUGCCGGUAGCAACAAGUACACCUUCAACAAUGCCUAUUCUGGUGUCAUUGUGAACACGAAACCCACCCAGGGUGGCUUCUACCUCCAUCAGCAACCAAUUGAUACCAUCCUCGAUUCAGAUUCGGGCCUUGGUGAUGCUCCACGUGUGUACAAUGCCUUCUCGAAGCAGCGCAAUGUACUGCCCGUUGUGAAUGGCGAUGCCAUCGUAAAUCAUCAUCCUGUGGUGACUUUCAAGUCCAAAGGGGUCAUCCCGACAAAUAAGUGGAACGUCGCCAUGAGUACGGGUGAGGGGAUGGAUGACGAUGAUGAAUUAGACAAGAUUCUUGGGUAAGUUCAUUUUCAUACAUAUACA